AUGGCCACUCCGUCGGAUCUGCCGUCCGGGUCGUACACAAACACCACCGACACCACACCGGCAAACUCGACUGUAGCCAACGGCACAUCACCGUAUCUCUACCACCACCCACAUCAUGGCGGCUUUGGCGGCAGCUCGAUCAACCUUGCCGGCGUCCUCGUUGGCCUUCUGGUGCCCCAUGCCGUGUGCACACUGUUUGUGCUGGCGCGGGCAGGAUCGCGCGCCAUUUUGCUGCGCAAAUGGUUCCUGGACGACUCACUCGUUAUGGUGGCCUGGCUGUGCUCCACGGCCGUCUGCGUCGUCUACAGCAUGUCGGCCAUACGGACUCAUGGGAGGACUGACGACGGAAACGACGACGGCAGGGCAUUAGAAGACUACUUGCUCCGCACAUACCUCGGCCUCAUUUUUUAUCAACUCUGUCUGUGCCUCACCAAGCUCUCUAUCCUGGCGUUGUACCUGCGCAUGUUUGCGGCAGUCUACGCGACCGAGGCGAACCUGUCCCACGCAUCUUCUUCGUCUACCACGUUGCGACGGCGCCACCUCCGCGAACGCCGCCUCGCCUGGAUUACGGUGGCCGUCGUCGUUGCCUACGGCGUACCCCUCUUGUGGAUGAGCAUCAUGCAGUGCUACCCAUCCUACUUGUCUUCGGACGAGGAGCAGAGCGGCCCCCUCUUCUUUGGCCACCCCGUCGCCGUCUGCUUCUCCUUUACACCCCUCCUCAUCACCAGCGCCAGCCUCCACACCGCCACCGACGCCUGGUUAAUUGUGCUCGUCGUACCCUUUGUCCUAACGCGUCUGCGGGCCCUCCCUCGCAGCCAGCGCUGGGCUCUGGCCGCCGUCUUGUCCCUCAGCGUCUUUGUCAUUGCUGCCAGCCUCACACGGCUCCAGCUCAGCCUGCACGCCAACUGGCGACCGGCCAUGUCCGGGAUGGCCAUGACCAUGACGCCGACGGGACCCUCACGCGCCAACACGCUCGGCUUCUUUGUCAUGACCAUUUUGGAGUGCGACAUUGCACUCAUCUGUGCGUCGGCGCCGACAUUGCGGCCGUUGCUAGCACGGCUGACACCGCGGCUCGGACUGGGAGACGACGGAGGCAGUGGCCCGUUUGACCGGCGGAGUGGUGCGUCACACCGGCGCAGUCUCUUCCAUCCUCGUGGUGGUCGAAGCGGAGGAGGGGGCGGUGGAGGAGAUGCCGGAGGAGCACUCAACGGCCAGCACCACGAUGAAGAUAGCGAAGACCUCACCAGUGUCGUCAGCUACCACGGCUACCCCUGGACGCGGAACAGUUCGCAGGCACGAAGUCGCAGUCGUAGUCACAGUCGCAGUCGAGGGGGGAAGGGCAGCAAGCCAAACGUUUCGCCAGUCGAAGCCAGCGGGUCCGGCGCCACUGUUGUGGGUACGCCGAAAAAGGAAGGCACGGAACCGACCGACGGGCCGUCUGUGCCGGCCCCCGUUUUUAACCGCUCCUCUCAACCUCACCGCACCCCGACCGAUCGCAGUCUUCGCAGCCAGUCGCGCAGUCUUCCGCAAAGCCGGGAAGGCGGUGUGCACGCCGGUGGCAGCUCACACGGCACACCCUUGUCAGGUGGCGGUGGCGGCGUCCUCACCCGCAGGCCCAGCUCCGUCUUCUUCUUUGAAAACAGCGAGUUUUACGAACAGUACUUCAGCAGCCCGGCCACGACGCCGGGUGGUGUCGGUGGUGGCCGUCCGCCUCCCACGGGUGGCAGCGGCGGCACAAAAAAGGCGGGGAUGCCGGGCGCCGGCAUUGGACUGGGGAUUGUGCUCCAUCCGCGAGGCGACGCUGCUGAAAGCCCUCAUAGUAUCGGUCCACACGUCACCCGCAACGGCAGCCAAGAGAGCUUUAUCCUGGGGCUCAACGACCCAGCCAGUCCGACUCGUCUGACACGGCUGACGGGCGUGUCCGGCUACAGCGGAGAGACGUAUGCUGAAGACGAUGGCGCUGAGCGACGCAGCGGCGCCGGCAGCAGUUUUGCCGACUUGAAGAAGAACAAGAGCACCAGCGACAUUGACGAGUACGAGCUGGCCGUGUUGACGAAAAACGCAGCGGCCGAUCACAGCGCGAUCCCCAACAAGACGGAGACAAGUUUCCUCGACGACGAAACAGACACGGACGCGAGUAGUGGACAGAAGACGCCGAAAGCGAGAACGUCGUCUGGCAAGCCAGAUCCGCAAUUGUAA